GCAGACAUGGCUACACCAAGGGAGAAUUUGCUUUCUGUUGAGCAUCUUACCGGCAUGGAACAAAAUACUUUCACCAAACAAAGAAGCCACUUUAUUGAGAAGAGUGUUUUGUGUAGCAGAGGAAUGCAGCUUCAACAGCAUCUGGAGGAGUUGAAGGAGAGAGAGCGCAAAGCCCACCAUCACAACCGGCAGCUGCUACUACAGUUUGAGAGAGCUCAGGGCACACUGAGAGAAAUGCUGGCCCGCAAUGCUGCCAUGAAAAUUAUACGGAUGGAGUAUGAAAGAUACCUGGAUGAAAACCUGCACCGCUGGCAACAGCAACUCCUGGAGAAAACACAGGCCUCUCAGAGGAAGAGGAUGGAGGACUGUCUGAAUUCACGACAGAAUAAAGAUCAAGUGUCAACAGCAACAGUUGGUGAACCAUUGAUUUCAAAAGAUCCUUAUAUGAGGUCAAAAACAUCUGACGCUCCUCAAACUUAUAUGGAAGAGAAAUCUGCUGAUGGUGAAAACAAUUCCUCCGACUAUCCCCAUCCAGGGUCCUCCUGGCUGACCCAAGCAGGCAUGGUUCCAGGCUUCCUUAGAGCCCCUUUUCAACCACAAACUUCCUCCCUGUUUCCUCCUCCCAACUUCCCAUAUUCUCACCUACAUCUGCUGCCAAAUCUCCCCUCCUCACCUGCUCAUCAUCAGCCAUGUUCCAGAGCCGAAGCAGCAGGCUGGGAUCCUCCUUGCUACAACGAAGGCUUUUCUAGAGGAUCUGCAGGUCAGCUUCAUUCUGAGGAACCGUCAGUACAGAGGGGUUCUCAAACCGUGGAGGAAAACAAUGAGACAAACCUGGGAAUUUCAAAGAGAGUAAGAGGUGGUGAAGUUAGAAGACGUUUGUCCACUGAGCUCGACAUCAAACCAGUCCGUCUGUCCAGUGGACAUGCAGAAACCAGUGAGAGCGACAGAGAUUCCAGUCUGACUAGCAGAGAAAAGAAGACAAAGAAAGGAAAAACAAAGCCUUCAUCCUCAGAGUCAGAAAGAUCUGGUUCUCAGAAGUCAUCCAGGACUUCCAGCAAAAUUAUUGCUACCCUGUCCCCAGUCGCCGUGCGCUCAGAAACCAACAGCUCCUCAGAGGAAGGAGGGACAUUAGGCGGCAGGAGCAGAAAGCGAGGCAAGGGGCUGCGCAGUGGGUCAGUGACACCAGAGAAGGAAGCAGAGGAGCUAAACAGGAGCAAAGAAGAUAAGAUGACCGAAGAUGAAUCAGACAGUGAGGUUAUAAAAAGUGAGGAGGUAGAUGAUGAGGAAGGUAACAGCUCUGAGCAAAGCAACACAGAAGAGAGGGAUGAAGAGGAUGAAGAGGAAAAUUCAGGGUCUGAAGAUGGAAGGAAAGAGAACAAAGGGACAAGUGAAGAAGGCAGUAAUGUGGAGGAAGACGAGGAGGAGAACAACGAUGGGGAGGAGGUAAAGGGUGGGAUGGAGGAUGAAGAAGAUGAAGAGCAGCUAGAGAACAGGAAGCAGGAUUCUGCCUCUUCGCUGGAGGAAGAAGAGGAAGAGAAUGGAGGCAGUGAAAAAGAAGAGGAGCAGGAAGGUCAGCUGAGGAGUGAUGAAGCAGGAGACUCAGAAGACAGCAUCAUCACUCCACAUGACAACAGGUCAAAACAGAUGAGGAAUAUUCCAAAGGAAGCAGCUGAAGAUGAGGAAGAGGAGAGUAACUCCCAAUCUUUAAACAACUCAAAAGAAUCCAGUGAUGAAGAUAUAGAGAAUCUCCUAGCACCUCAAGAGCCAACAAACAAAACAGCAAACACUGUGAAAAGUGAAGGGAAUCCUAAAGCUAAAUGUCUCAACCUGGACAUCUUCCAAGUGGCCGAAGCCAGCGUGAAAACAGACCAUAAAAGUGACUCAGAUGAGUUUGAUCACUUCUAUGACUAAAUGAUGGCUGAAAAGGAAAUAAAACGUCAACUAUGCAGUAGAGUGACUUCCUUCACAUGGUCGAACAGCACCAGUAGGAUCAGGAAACAAGCCAGCAGACUGCAGGAACCUGAUGUUAUCAUCACUAACAGGCAUCCUCCAUGUUUAGCUGAGAGCCCUGCAGAAGAUGGUGAUGGGAGCAUGUGAACAGGUGAACCUCUACAGGAAAAUUUAAAUAAACUAAACCAUUAAGGGACUGAACUUAAGUUUGCUCUAUGCACUUCAUAUUACAGCAGGGCCGAGCUCAAUUUGUGGCAGCAGUUCCGGUGGCUCGUCGGCAAAUGGCACGGCGUAUUACUGACCACAGCCACUAAAUUAUUUUUUCAUUUAGUUUUUUAAUUAUUUUUUUGGUAUUUUUCUUGCCAUUUUCCAGCAAAUUACUUAUUUAUAGUAGUUCU